ACGUGCCGGAUCGCGGCUGCGGAACGGUCAGGGGGUAUCGCGCGUGGCGCGGGGCGGCUCAGGCAGGUACCGCUACCUCCGUGCACGGCCCCGCCACUCCGGCGGCCCGGAGGCCGCGCCGACCCAUGUCUCUGCUGCUACGCCUGUCCUGCCGGCUGCUCAGGGCCGCCCCCCGGCUUGGCCCGCGGCUUCCGGCCCUGCCCCCGCCGGUCCAGCCGGGCCGCUCGCUGUGCGCGCUGCCCCACCGCGCGCCCCCGGCCGCGCCCCCCCGCCCCGGCCCUGCUGGGCCUGCUGGGCCGCCCGCUGUGCGCGCUGCCCCGCCGCGCGCCCCUGGCCCCGGCCUCGCUCCCCGCCCCACUGGACCUGCCGGGCCGCCCCGGGCCCCGCGACCCCCGCGCCCACCCCCCACCCCGCACCCCACCGCCCUCCCGCUGCUCUGCCGAAACGUGCUCAAGAUCCGCCGGCGCAAGAUGAACCACCACAAGUACCGCAAGCUGGUCAAGAGGACGCGCUUCCUGCGCCGCAAGGUCCGCGAGGGUCGCCUCAAGCGGAAGCAGGCCAAGUUCGAGGGCGAUCUGCGGCGCAUCUGGCUCAGGGCGGGCCUCAAGGACGCUCCCGCCGGCUGGCAGACCCCCAGGAUCUACUUAAAGGGGAAAUGAGACCCACUUCCCCCUGGCCCCUUGGGUGGACCCCAGCCAUAAACACAGCUGAAGCCGU